GUCCUCUGCGCGGUUAUAAAAAGGCUGACAUUGUUUGGACUGUAACUGGACGCCGUCCGGCUGCAGGACGAGCUGCUCAGGACCAACACGACUAUUCUUAGAGCUUUUGUUGUGCUGACGCCAUGUGGAAGGUCAAACAGUCUGGUGCCGCCUGACCCCAUGUCCCAGUUCCACCUGAGGAGAGGUUCUCCUGACGAGGAGUUCCCCGACCUCUGCAGGAACUCUACCUGGAUGGGACGGAUCCUCACACGGGACAUGUACCGCCGCCAGUUCAACCGCUGCACCCACAGCGGCGUCAUCUUCGAUGAUGUCAUCCGCCCAGGCCUCGAGGAGCCAGGAGACUGGUCCUCUCCUGUAACUGUGGGCUGUGUGGCGGGCGACGCUCAGUCCUACAUCCUGUUCUGUGACUUCUUCGACCGAGUCAUCGAGGCGCAUCACCAACACAAGAUCACCGGCCAGACGCCAGAGGCCGACUUCAACUACGACAACUUGAAGGGGGGAGAUGACCUGGACAGGUCGUACGCUGUGCGCUGUGAGGUUAGUGUCGUUCGCGGCGUUGAGGACUUCAGCUUCCCGACACACUGCAGCCGCGGGGAGCGCAGACAGCUCCUCUCACUGGCCAGCACAGCUCUGCAGAAGCUGCAGGAAGAGCAGCUGCCGGGUCGCCUCUUCUCUCUGAAGGAGCUGAACCAGGAGCAGCAGAGGGAGCUGAACCUGAACCCUCCAUCCUCCUCGCAGCUCCGUACAGGCGUGGCGCGGGACUGGCCCGACGCCCGUGCAGUCUGGCUGAGUGACGACUGCAGCCUGGUGGUCUGGGUCAACAUGGAGGACCACCUAAGACUCGAGUCCACUCGGGACGACGCCAACAUCGCUGCGGCCUUUAAAUGCAUCUGCAUCAACCUGCAGAAGCUAGAGGAGCUGUAUCGGGAUCUCAGACAUCCGUUCACCUGGAAGCAGCAGCUGGGCUGGGUGAGCAGCUCUCCGGCCGACGUGGGGACAGGUCUGAGGAUCAGGGUCCACCUCCGCCUGCAGCACCUGCCCGGACACCGACGGCUGCAGGACGUGCUGAAGAGACUGAGGGUCUGCAUGGAACCCACAGAAUCCCCGGCGGUGUGCGCUGUGAGCAACGUGGCGACCUUCGGCCUGAGCGAGGUUGGUCUGACGCAGCUGGUAGUGGACGGGGUCAAACUGCUUGUCGCCAUGGAGAAGAGGCUGGAGGACGGCGGAGACAUCGAUGACCUCGUUCCCACGCAGAAGUAGAUCUGGAUGGUGAUUGGCGGGAGGGAGGGACAAAGAAGGUCCGACCAAUCAGACGGAAGCGUUUACCUCGGUCCUGUUAACUGAGUUUUACUCCCAUUUACUUUUAAUUUUCUUAUACUAUCAUCAUUGUUGUGCACCAAAACUAGAAAAUGUGUUAAUAUACAAGUAUCAAAAGUAAAAGUACACAUUCUAUUAUUGUACUAUAAUUAUUGAUGCAUUUAUGUGUUGAUUGUUUUAAUGUGCAGCUCAGUUUAACGACUUUAUAUUCUGCUGUGUAGUUCGGGAAUCCAUCAAUAUUUACUAUCAUUCAUCUGAAUUUGUAAAGAAACUAAAGUUAAUUCAACGUAGGAGUCAAAAGUAAUAACAGUAAUGUUUGCCUCUGAAUGGAGUAGAAAGUAAAAUAGUAAAUGUCAUUAUUUGAACCAUUUUAUGUAAUUAACAAUAAAAAUAA